UCAAGGCAAUGAUCUUGGUCUCCGCCAUUCUGCAGUAUAUUGUUACACCGUACACAAAGUUGUAGUUCUGUAGUCUACGCACUGAAGUUGAAUCUAAUUAAGGGAACCGCAGAAUUUCAAAUCACCAAGAUGCAUCUGACGCGGAGUCACUACAGAAUUCUGAUGUCCAUGGUGGCCGCGCUAGGCAUGAUGGGAUUCCUGACCGUAGUUGCCUAUGUGCUGGAUGAAUCAUUGGACGCGACAAAUCAACAUGCUGAUGGGAAAACACGCAACGCUCAGACCGAGGUUAAAAUAGAUAACGUACAGAGACCACCGGUGAUGAAAAGUAGCGACCUGAAAGAGAGAUUAUCGGUUACACCGAAAAAGCCUGCGCCCUCAGUCGAGAUCGAGAUGAAAAGCGGCGACCUGAAGCACAUAGAUCGAGAAAAAGCUCUCGUGCUCGGCCACACUAGGAAAGAUAAAGGUUUUCUGACCAUUGGAAUCCCCGCGUCCCACGCGGGAGGUGAAGAUAACCUGGAGCAGACUUUGAAAUCUCUCAUCCAGAACACCGAGGAAGCCGAGAGACCGAGGGUAACCAUCGUCGUAUUCGCCCACGAUUUCGACCAGAGCGCCCGGCAGGCCGUGCGGUACGUCGUCGGUAACUUCACGGAGCCCGUCCAGAGCGGCAUGCUGCAGCUAAUCGAGGCCCCGCUGUCUUUUUAUCGGACACCCGAGGCGCAGAAGAACGGUCAGGUGAAAGAGAACCUGGACAACGCCUUUCUGAUCUCCUACUCGGAAAACCUCUCCGAGUACUACCUGCAACUGGACGACAGUGUCAAAACGGUCCCUGGCUACGUGCGUUCGAUCCGCGAUUUCAUCAACGGACAGGGGAAGAAAUAUUGGGUGACCCUGGAGUUUUCUAGCAAGCCGUUCACGGGGAAGCUGAUCCGCUCAGGCGGCAGGGACCAGGGGCAGCUCACCCACCUUCUGGUGGAGUUCGGCGAGAAACUCUCCGUUGGCAAGUUGUACGAAUCGUUUAAGAAGUUCAACGCCCAGAAGCAGCCUAUAAUGCACCGACCGCCCCUCUUUGACAACUUGGGAAAUGCACCCUAGUCGCGAAACCAAGUCAUCAUUGGGGAAAACAAAACAAAAAAUUAGCCAAUGUCAGAUCCGCAAAGCCCUCGAACAAAGCCCAUACCUACUGCGGAUAGGUGACUUUUCGAACUUUUAUUUUGGUUCCACUGAACACCGGCAUAACUAUGCCACCUCAUAACCAAGUACUCGGAUUGUUUUGGUUUCCAUCUGUUCCAUCUAUGGAAUUGUGACAACAAACACCGGUUGUUGUUUUUUAUUCUUGUCCACAUAUCACAUUUAUUUAAGGUACGUGAUAUUUCAAUAAAAAUGAAACUGUGUAUAUUGAAAAUGAUAUCAGAAUAAUCCCAUAAGUCUCCGGGGUAGCCAAGUAGGGGGCAGGGCAAAACUAUAAACUCUUGGCAUAUACAGAGUAAAAAAAAAUGUCAGGACCGUUGUUUUAGUGAAGUUCUGCAUAUACACUUUCAGAAUCUAGGAUAUUAAAUCCCAAUAAGCUUCAUUUAGUACAAGAAUCAUUCAAACCACUUAUGUACUUUUCAAGUUACGGAAUUUUAAACAAGUGGCAAACACCGUUUUAAAUUGUUGUCCACGGAUCACUUAAAAAGGUAUUGUUUUAAGUUCAGAAAAACGAAAACAAUUUACAUUCAUCUCUGUGUGAAUUGUUACCGUUUUGCUUAAUAAACGGAUGUUUGUAAUCCAAAUUCCAUUAUACUGGAAAAGUACAUGAGUGAUUUGAAUGAUGCUUAUACUAAA